AUGUCUCCAUCCAAAGUUGUUACAAUCGACUUCAAUUCCUUCCACAACAUCAUCAACGGCGAGCUACGCAGCUCGAAGCAAAAGUAUCAUGGCGUCGAUCCAGCUACGGGUGAGCCCAACUGGGACGUGCCGGUAGCCACCGAGCAGGAUGUGGACGAAGCCGUUGUUGCUGCCACAAAGGCAUUCAACGAGUGGAAGAAGACCACAUGGGCAGAGCGUCAGCAACGCAUCGUCCGCUUCCAAGAAGCCAUUGAGUCGUACAGCUCUGAGCUCGCAGAGCUGCUCAUGAAAGAGUGCGGCAAGCCUCGCAUGUUUGCCGCCGCUGAAGCUGGCUCAAUCGCCAAAUUUGCCGAUUGGCAUGCCAACCUACCAGAGCCCGAUGCUACCCCUAUCGAUCUCGAAGACCGCACCGUGGUCAACAAAUACCAGCCUCUAGGCGUUGCUGCCGCCAUCUGCCCCUGGAAUUUUCCUCUCUCGCUCGCCUCCCUCAAGAUCUUCCCCGCUGUCCUGAUGGGCUGUGCAGUCAUCGUCAAGCCGUCUCCUUUCACCCCCUACUCUGCCCUCAAGCUGGUCGAGAUUGCCCAGCAAGUCUUCCCGCCAGGCUCCUUCACAGGCUCCAUCGCCACCGGAAAGAAGAUCGCCGCCUCCGCAGCCAAGACUGUCAAACGUGUCACGCUCGAAAUGGGCGGAAACGACCCAGCCAUCGUCCUUCCCGAUGCCGACAUUGCGAAACUCGCGCCUCGUGUUGCGAUGGGCGCCUUCUUCAACACCGCACAGGUCUGCGUAGCCUCAAAACGCAUCUACGUCCACAGCAGCAUCUACGAAGAGUUCCUCGCAGCAUUCAUCGACGCCACCAAGACCCUCAAAGUCGGCGCCUCGAACGAGGAAGGCGUCAUGCUCGGCCCUAUCCAGAACGAGAUGCAGUACAACAAAGUGAAGACAUAUUAUGCCGACACUAAGAGCAAGGGCUACAAAGUCGCCUAUGGCUCCCUGGACGUACAGGACGGCAAAGGCUUCUUCAUCAAUCCCGCCAUCAUCGACAACCCACCUGACGAUGCCCUAGUUGUGACCGAGGAGCCCUUCGGCCCGAUCGUGCCCGUUCAGAGCUACGAUGAUAUUGACGAGGUGAUCCGUCGUGCGAACGACACCAAAGUCGGCUUAGGCGCGACAGUUUGGGGCAGUGAUCCGAAGACGUUGCAGAGCGUGGCGGACAGGAUUGAGACUGGCACUGUGUGGAUUAACAGCUUCCCUUCGCCUGCUGCAUCAGGACAGUUUGGCGGUGUGAAGGAGUCUGGUCUGGGUACUGAGCUUGGGACUUUGGGGAUCCUUGCUUAUGCGAACGUCAAGUGUAUCCAUACGUUCAAGGCCUAA